ACGGUGUCGCUGUAGCUCUUACCAUGGCUAAGAAAAGAAAGAGCAGCUCGGACGGUGCAGAAGCAGCUCCAUCUAAUAAACGGUCUCGCCAGACGCAGGGGGAUCACGGCGACAAUUCCCGCUCGAAUAACCAGCCGCGAACAGACCCAACAACGGGUCUGCGGAGCGCAUUUCCAGGCCUGGACGAUUAUGACGGCGGAGAGCUCUUUUACGGUCCGGCCAACGAUGGCCUAGAAUACCUUCGAAUGGUCAGGGCCGAAGCCAGAGGUGUUCCGAAUCUUCUUAUUGCGCCAAACCCUAGCGGAGAAAUACGAGCGCAUACUUUUGCAGGUCCUCAUGGAGGGUACUAUUCAGAUGGCGCAUAUACAGCUCUUCCUGUCGUCGCUGGGAACAGCGCUCCUCUCCAUGCCAAGGAGCCUCCAGCACCAGCGCCAAUCGCAGAUCCACAAGCACAAGAUCAAAACGGCGAGUUCGAGCUCAAUUACGAUGAUGACGAAGGCGGCGAAUUGGCAGAUAGUGCCGCUGGAAACGAUUACCCAGCCGAAGAAGUUGAAGAAGAAGAAGAGGAAAUAUAUUAUGACGAAGCGGCAGAAGAAUACUAUAACGACAACAACAACGACAACGAGGCAAUGCUCGAUUCCACGCGUCGACUUCAAGCAGAAUUCGAUUCGUGUCUAUGCACAAGAUUCCGUCUGCGAAAGCAAAACCUCCACUCUGAUCCACCAGCAUCGGCCAUUGCCGCACUCGACGACAACCAUCCUAUUUCUUUACCUUCGGGGUCACGCAUAGCAUAUUCACAAUGGCGGCGGCUCGUGCGCUCUACGGAUCCAAACCCCGUACAGCUUGCGAGCAUGGACCAAAGCAGCGUGCUACGACUGAUUAAGCUCCUCACGCCGCUGAUGCUGAAGCGCGGAAAGCACAUCUCAAAACGCCUGAGCGUGUGGACGUGGAGCUUACUCUGCAGACUGGAAGAUGUGGGAUGCCUGUCGAGCGAAGAAGUCAGCGUGGUGCGAGACUUGGGUAAGCGCGCCGUAUGGGUCAAGGCGGGCCUGAAAAGGAAUCCAGACGGGUCGAUCGAAUUCGCAAAUGAUUUGAUAUCCAAUCGUGACGGCCAGAGUCAUACCGGCGAUGCGAGCGACGAUGAAUCAGGCUUGGAGUAUGAAGAAACAGGGCAGGAGAAGGCUGAAGAGGAAGAUGAAAGCGAAGGCGUACAUGGAGAAUCAAAUGAGACCAACAAUGAGCGGGACAUUGACGAAGAGUACGAGCCGCCUGAAGCUGAACCUCUUGAUGGAAAUCAGGUUCACUCCAAUGAGCCCUACGAGCCUGGACAGGAUAACGAUCCCUCGCACCUAAAGAGCACCGAGUCGGACUCGGAUCCGGACCUCGCAGCUGCAAAGGCACGCUUACUUGCCCAAUUACCUCCAGAUUCUCAGACUCAAAAUGCAUCGCAAGUACAUCAGGUUCCUCCGUCUCUGCCUCCUCUUCCUUCGCCGUUAAAAUCGGGCGACACGAUAUCUGGACAUGUCCCUGGCAUCGCGCCACAAGACGAUAUAUCAAAAGAGGUGGACGAUGACGAUGACGAUGACGAUGAUGAUAAGAAUACACAAGCUACAAUCGACAUGAUUUUGGUAAUUGUCGGGGAGUAUUAUGGACAGAGGGAUUUAUUGGAGUUUAGAGACGUUUGCACAUAAUUUGCUGGUUUUGUUAUUGUCUGCGUUAUUGCUUUUGCAUGUUUUCACUGGCAUUGGUGCAUUGAUCCGGCCGUUAUAUUUGUCGUUGGCUUCUAUUAUUUUUCCGGGUCACUGACCUUGAGUUCAUCUCAGUUUAGUAGCUUUGGGCCGGGUGGAGGAGGGAGGAGGGGGGAAAAUGCGAAGCAGUAUUUUUUAGGUUUGAAGGAAUAGUAGGUGACUGGCACAAACACAUACAACGAGCUGC